UGAGGAGGAGAAGGAUUCUGACUGACAUGCUGCAAAAAGUGGCACUCGUUUGGGUGUUACUUUUACCCCAGGGAACGUCUUCUGGCUGCCAUCCUCACGUUCAUCUGAUAAAAGAGGAAGAGAAGUGCAUGAAAGAGCUGUUAAAGUUACACAAAUCCACCGAGAACAGCAGCUGCUGGGGGAUGUGGGACGAGCUGAGCUGCUGGCCUCCCGCCUCUCUGGGACAAACCGUCUCCACACCCUGUCCUCACUUCUUCAGCUCCCACGGAUGGGUCCAUCGGAACUGCUCCAGCAGCGGCUGGACGGAGCCUCUGGUCUCCUAUGAGGACGCCUGUGGAGACGCCUUCAACCAGACGCUGCACUUCCUGUCUGAGUCCUCAGACUCUCACAGGUACUUCUCCUCGGUGAGGAUCAUGUACACGGCGGGCUACGCCCUCUCCUUCAGCUCUCUGGCCGCCGCCGCCACCAUAUUUGUUCUCUUCAGGAAGCUGCACUGCACCAGGAACUACAUCCACCUGCAGCUCUUCAUCUCCUUCAUGGCCAGAGCCGCCUUCAUCUUCAUCAGAGACGCCCUGCUGUUCUCCAGCGAGGAGCUGUUCCACUGCGACCACUACCCGGUGGCCUGUAAGGUGGUGCUGAUGUGCUCCAACUACUCCAUCCUGGCCAACUACAGCUGGCUGCUGGUGGAGGGCCACUUCCUGUUUACCCUGCUGAGCCGCUCCUUCUUCUCCCUGAGGAAACACCUGCUGUGCUACUUCCUGCUGGGCUGGGGUCUUCCUCUGGUCGUCAUCGUCUCCUGGGGUUGUGCCAAAUACCUCAACGAGGACGAAGGCUGCUGGGAAACCAGACGACACGAGUGGAUCUGGUGGAUCCUCCGGGUGCCGGUUCUCCUCACCAUAUCUAUCAAUCUCAUCUUCUUCUUGGGCAUCUUGAGGAUCCUUGUGAGUAAACUCCGAAUGCCGGAUGCCCGGCGGAACGAGUUCAACCAGUACAAGAGGCUGAUUAAAUCCACGCUGUUCCUGACGGCGCUGUUCGGCCUGCACUACCUGCUGUUCGCCUUCCUGCCCGUCCAGCUCAGCAUCGCCACCUUCAGGGUGUGGACCAUCGUGGAGCUGUCCCUGUCCUCCACUCAGGGCUUCGUGGUCGCCGUGCUGUACUGCUUCAUGAACGGAGAGGUGCAGCAUGAGUUCGGGAGGCGGUGGCGGCGGUGGAGGCUGACCCGGCGGCCGCCCGGCUGGUGGCGGCAGCGGCCGAGGCAGCGGCGGCGCAGCGCCUCCAUCAGCCACAGCGGGGCGCCGCACACCCAGGUGUCCUUGCUGCUCGGUGGCCCGCCGCCGCCCGACGCCGCCGCCGCCGGGGAUCAUGGGAUCAGGAUCAGGCACAAGUGCAGCAAUCAGAGGAUCAGGCACAAGUGCAGCAACCAAAGGAUCAGGGACAAGUGCAGCAAUCAGAGGAUCAGGCACAAGUGCAGCAAUCAGGGCAUCAGGCACAAGUACAGCAAUCAGAGGAUCAGGCACAAGUGCAGCAAUCAGAGAAUCAGGCACAAGUGCAGCAAUCAGAGGAUCAGGCACAAGUGCAGCAAUCAGAGGAUCAGGCACAAGUGCAGCAAUCACAGCAUCAGGCACAAGUGCAGCAAUCAGAGGAUCAGGCACAAGUGCAGCAAUCAGAGGAUCAGGCACAAGUGCAGCAAUCAGGGCAUCAGGCACAAGUGCAGCAUUAAACCUGGACUCACAACUCUGCAGGAAAAUCACUAA